CGGGGAAGAAAGAAGCCGAGCGGGCGGAAGGCGCCCUCCCCGCCGCCUGGGCCCGGGCACCGGGUGCCGGGCCCGGGGUCCUUCCCGCCUCCCGCAGCUGCCGGCCGCUUUGUUUCCCCCGCCUUUGCGUUUCGGGCGACUGGAGAGGGGCUCCUGCCGGGGCUGCGCGGGGAACGCGGCGGCAGGAAGGGCGGCCGACCGCGCCGGGACACGCAGGGACCCAGGAGUCCGGCCGCCGGGAGGGCCGCGUGACGAGAUCGAAGAGGGAGCCAGAGCUCUGCGGCCCCGGGUUGCGGGCCGGGGGCGCCCGUGAGCAGAGACCUCCCCGUCGAGGGGGGGCGAUGUUCCCCUCGCCCGUGGGCUUUUCGGGCAGCCAGGGCAUCCCGCCGUUGGGACCGGGGCCCCCUCAGUGGGCAUACCCUCGGGCUGCUCUAUGGAGACUCUGUGCCCCGCUCCCCGCCUGGCAGUGCCGGCGUCCCCACGAGGGUCGCCCUGCUCCCCCACACCCCGGAAGCCGCGUCGGGGGACCCAGGAGUUCUCUCCGCUGUGCCUGCGUGCCCUUGCCUUCUAUGCCCUUGCCAAACCCCGGGCGUCCUCUCUGGACCUGGGGCCUGGGGAGCAGGCGGCGCGGGCCCCCGUGCUGCAGGGCCCUCGCGCCCCUCUGUGCGCUGGCGGCAGAGCCCCGGAUGGCCUGAAGCACCUCGGGGGACAGGCCGGGCCGUCCAGCGAUUCGAACUCCCUGGCCACCGAGGAUGCCGACGACGCCGCAGUGUACCCGCGCGCCGGAGAGGAGGAAGAGGGCGGAGGCAGUUUCCCGCACUUCGGCGCUCGCUCCUGUGCACCUCCGGGCCGCUGCCCGGCGUCCUGGCGCCCUCGGGUAUCUACGACCAGCUUCGCCUCGUCCCCGCCUAGGCCAGCCCCGGGUCUCGAGUCCCAGCCUGGCCCAGCCGCCAGCCCGCCUCAGGAGCCCAGUUCCCGGCCUCCGUCGCCACCUGUGGGCCUCUCCACCGAGCCCGCGGGUCCCGGGGCGGCGCCGGAGCCGUCCCUGCCGGGCCAGACAGCCGCAGUCGAUGGAAACCCCCCGCCAGCCGCCCCCGAGGCACCAGCCAUUAGUCCCUCGACGGCCAGCACAGCUCCGGCCGCGCCGGGAGAUCUCCGCCAGGAACAUUUCGAUCGUCUGAUCCGCCGGUCUAAACUUUGGUGUUAUGCAAAGGGCUUCGCCCUGGACACUCCUAGUUUGCGUCGGGGGCCUGAGAGGCCGCCAGCGAAAGGGCCCGCCCGGGGAGCCGCCAAGAAGCGUCGGCGGCCGGCGCCCCCUCAGCGCAGCGCGCAGCCCCGCCGUCCUGCGCCCACGCUCCCCACCACGAGCACCUUCAGCCUCCUCGACUGCUUCCCUUGCCCCCCGGCCCUGGUGAUUGGGGAGGAUGGAGACUUAGGGCCGGCAUCCUCGCUUCGCCUCCAGGGAAACUCUAAGCCCCCGCCUGCCCAUCCGCUGUGGAGGUGGCAGAUGGGGGGUCCUGCUGUCCCUGAGCCCCCUGGCCUCAAAUUCUGGGGGAUCAACGUGGAGGAACUCUGAGCGUGGGACCUGUUCUGCCAAGGGGGAAAGUUGGGGCCGUGGCCAAAUCACCGGCUCGAGGAGAGAGCCCCGUUCCUCACGUUUGUCUGUCCCCUUCCUUUAUGUUUUAUGGGCUGUGGACAGAGGGACUUCAAAUGACAGUAAUCGUCAAGCACCUAAGUGGUUGGGGUGACAUUCCCUCCCCUCAUCCUUUGCAGAGGAACCAAGGGCUGGAGUCAGGAGGCUUAACAGAAAAAAGCUGAAUGACACAGAUUCCUAUCCCUGCCCCCUUCCUUCUUGGAUCUCUAGGUGCAGGGCCUUCACCCCAGUGGCAGUAAAGGAGGCCACCGCUGAAAGACCAAAAAAAGGGGGGGGCGGGAGAGGAGAGACCUCCGUGAUGGACAAACUGGUUGUUUCUGUGUGUGUGGGAGCCUGGGGGUGUGGGGGCUGUGGUGGGGGUGGGGAGGUGAUUGGCAGCUCCCUGGGGGCAUCCCCCACCCCCACCGUCAGGCCUUUAACCCUUAGAUUCCCUCAGGCCUUCCCUAGCACUCCUAGCACCACCUGAGCCUUAAUGGGGGAGGGAGCAGUUUGGGCCAGGGGAAGAUCACCCUCAUCCUGUUCUCUUUCUAGGCACCCCCAGCUCAAGUGACCCCCUAAUUGGUGAGAUCUUCAGUCUCAGCCACUAACCUUUCCUUUUUGUCCAGUUUUGGAGGUUCCUCCUUCAAUGUUCCCUGUUUGUUUUCAGUUUAUAAGGUCUGGUGGGUAAAAGAGACCCCCCCCCACGCCUUGAUUAGUUGGCUCCCACCUCUCUCUUAAGGGCUGAGGGACCUUCUCUUCUGGGAAAGUGCAGACUUUGCCCGGGGAAGGGGCAAGAGAUUGUCCCAGGGAAAGUAAUGGAAGGUGGAAGAAAUCAAUAAAAUCAGACCAAACAAGUCGCCUUUCGAGGUCCUCUCCACCGAUUUAUGGAUGGGAGGGGGUGGAGGUAGAGGGCAGGCGUGAGUCCAUUCUUUGGACACCCAAACUCAGCCCUUUUAAAGGGUAGAGAUAAAACAAGCCGCUUUUUGAAGAGGGGGUAAACGAAAGGGCUCUUGACCCAACUGCAAGGUCCCCUGGGGUUUGAAGGGGCAAAGUUGGGGUUUGGAUGAGACCUGGGUUGAGGUACCUUCAGCUUCGGCCCCAGCCUGAAGCAUUGCAGGAGUUGUCAGGGAUCUGACGGAUCGGAAGGGGGCAGGGCCUGGAGAUUAGGUCUGGGGUCAGAGGUUCUGUUUUCUAGGGGAGAGGAGAGAUAGGCCCGGAUCACACCCUCAGCCCUCAGGCCAGGAGGAUCCCCUUGAGUCAGAGAGGAGUGGAAUCGCUUUCUCCUCCACCCAGGUGAGGUCAGGAGAGGUCAGGUUUUAGGGACAUUCCAAGUUGAGAUAUGAAGGGAAGCUGGAGGGGAGUUGGAUCUGCCCCACAAUUAAGGGACCCGGUGACCUUCUGCCCGCACUAGUGAAUAACGCCCCCUUUUCCCCCUAAAACGGGGCGAGGGAGGAACAAUUCCCACAUACGACACUAGGGAAGGACUUGUCUCCUUUUCUGUGAAAAUGCCUUGUAAAAAGUUGUUAUUGUUUGCAUAGAGCAGAUUCUUGAGAAAAACCAUUUUGGACCACAAAAGUUUUGUUUGGUUUAAAA